AUGACCGCUUCUCCCUCCGCCGCUGAAUCAAUUCCAGAGGAAAUCAGAGCUCCGGAGCCUAAGCCCAUCAAUCAGACUAUUGCUCAGAUUCGCUCGCUCGCUGCUGGGGCUGCCGGUGGUGUGUGCGCCGUUGUUGUCGGACAUCCUUUCGAUCUGGUGAAGGUGCGCCUGCAGACUGCAGAGAAGGGCGUUUACUCUGGUGCCAUCGAUGUCGUGAAGAGGACUGUGGCCCGGGAGGGUCUCGCUCGAGGACUAUACGCAGGUGUCUCUGCUCCCCUGGUGGGAGUCACGCCAAUGUUCGCUGUCAGUUUCUGGGGUUAUGAUGUCGGUAAAACCCUCGUCGGCAAAAUGUCUGAAGUUCGCGUGGAGAGCAACACCCCUCAAUACACCAUUGGCCAGAUUUCAGCUGCUGGUUUCUUCUCUGCCAUUCCCAUGACCUUGAUCACGGCACCCUUCGAGCGCGUCAAAGUGCUCCUUCAGAUCCAGGGUCAGAACCCCCCGCCCCCGGGCCAGAAGCCCAAGUACUCUGGCGGUUUGGAUGUGGUUCGGCAGCUAUACCAGGAGGGUGGUAUUCGCAGUGUGUUCCGUGGCAGUGCAAUGACCCUCGCUCGUGACGGCCCUGGCUCUGCUGCGUACUUCGCCGCCUACGAGUAUAUCAAGCGCACUUUGACUCCCAAGGAUGCGCAAGGCAAUGUCACUGGCGAGCUAUCCAUGCCAGCCGUCCUGGCUGCCGGUGGUGCUGCUGGUAUUGCCAUGUGGAUUCCUGUCUUCCCCGUUGAUACCAUCAAGUCCCGGUUGCAGAGCGCGCCUGGUCGUCCCACGAUCGGCGGCACGAUUCGCACCGUUUACGCCAACGGUGGCUUUAAGGCUUUCUUUCCCGGAUUUGGUCCUGCUUUGGCAAGAGCUGUUCCUGCCAAUGCUGCAACUUUUGCGGGUGUUGAGCUGGCUCAUCAGUUCAUGACAAAGCUCUUCGACUAA